AUGGGAUCAAGGGUUCUUCGAGUGGCGGCAGCCCAGAUGGGCUCGACGCACUAUGGCGACUCUCGGACUAAUACGCUGAACCGGAUGAUAGCACUUCUUGAAGGCGCCGCAACCAAAGGAGCACAGCUCGUUCUUUUUCCUGAAGCUGCCUUCACAACCUUCUUUCCUCGACAUCUCAUAAAUGACCCGGUGGAGCUUGACUCCUUCUUUGAACACGGCGACAUAGCUACGCAGCCUCAAACUAAACCCCUAUUUGACAGGGCCAAAGAACUUGGGGUUGACGUAUCGGCUGGCUUUGCCGAAAAGACCGAUGACGGCGAAACAUUCAACUCUUGCAUCUACUACCACGCCAAGAGCGGCUCAAUCAUCUCCAAGUACCGCAAGAUUCACCUCCCUGGCGACUUUGAGCCGUUCGCAGACCCAAAUGCCACCAACCAAUUGGAGAAACGGUACUUCAAGCCCGGUGAUCUGGGAUUCAAUGCGUUCCGGGUGCCCGGCCUCGUUGAAUCGACCUCAAAACGAGGAGAACCCAUCUUCGGCAUGAUGAUCUGCAACGACAGACGUUGGGCUGAGAGCUGGCGCGUUCUUGGCCUGCAAGGUGUUGAGGUCGUGCUCUGCGGAUAUAAUACGGCAGGCUUCGCGCCUCACCUCUGGGGAUCAAGCGCCAACAUGGAUCCUGACGAGGCGCGCAAGAAGGCCGUGUUCCACCACAAGCUGGUCAUGCAAGCCCACAGCUACACGAAUGCAUGCUUCAGUAUCAGCGCAGCAAGGUGCGGUCUUGACGAUGGAAAGUAUGACCUCAUAGGCGGCAGCUGCAUCACAGGGCCGGAGGGUGAACUCAUCGCCGAGGCAUCCACAACGGAGGAUGAGGUUGUCUACGCGGAAAUCAACCUUGAUGAAUGUCAACCGGGUAAAGAGCGCACCUUUGACUUUGCCAGACACCGACGUGUAGAGCAUUAUGGGCGCAUCACGGAACAGACGGGCGUUGUAGAGCCUCCCAAGCUGUCAGUCAACGGACAUGCUCCGGCAAAUGGCACCAGUGAAACCGCUACGGAAAAGAACAAGAAGAUCAGCAUUCUUCUGAUCAACCCCAACAGCACACGAGCAAUGACCGACGCCUGUGUCGCCAUGGUUGAGAGCCAGCUGCCCCCCGAUGUGAUCGUCACAGGCUUCACUGCACCGAGACCUGCGCCAUCGGCAAUUGAAGGUAGCUUCGACAACGUCAUGUCGGCCGCUGCCGCCGCACGAGCUGUACUCCCUCUUGCAGCCACACACGACGCCAUCCUGGUGGCCUGCUACUCCGACCACGCCCUCAUCCGCAUGCUUCGCGAGGAGCUCCCACGCCAGCCUGUCAUCGGCAUCAUGGAAGCGUCGCUCUUCGCAGCCCGGACGCUCGGCGGGCGGUUCGGGCUUAUCGCAGUGAGCGAGCGGUCACGGGUGUUGCACGAAGACAGCAUUCACCACUAUGGAUUCUCGACCUCCUGCGCCGGUGUCAUCUCCUGCAAGCUGGGGGUGCUGGACCUCCACGAGAAAAGUCAGGAUGAGGUGAUGGACAUCAUGGCCAACGUCGGAAAGCGCUUGGUCGAGGAGAAAGGAGCCGAUGUGCUGCUGCUCGGCUGCGCGGGUAUGACGCCACUCAAGGGUGCUGUGGAGGCGGCUGUUGGCGAAGAUGUGCAGGUAGUUGAUGGCGUUUUAGCUGGAGUGCAUCACUUGGUGGGACUGGUUAGGAUGGGAGGCCGGACGGCAAAAAGCGGCGUGUACAAAAGUUCUGGUGACGGACGCAAAGCAAGGGGGCAAGACUGGAUUUGA